AUGACGCCCAGGUAUUUGAGUUGUUUGAGUUGUAAGAUGACUUUUAAAUCUCCGUCUUUGCUGGAAAAGCACCAGGAGAAGUUUUGCAUCGGGACUGAGGUCGGAAGAGCGUUGAUAACUAAAACCCCUGAAGAUAUGCUUAAUCAGCUGAAGGACUAUAAGCGACGCCGUGAAGAGCAGAGGAAGCAACGGGAAAUGGAGGAGCGAGAGAACCUGGAGGAAAUGGAUGAGAACGAGAGGAGGUUAAUGUGUGAUCAUUUGACAUCUGCUGAACAGGAAGAUUUUGCCCAGGAUGGCCCAAACCUGAGGCAGCAGUGGUUUCAGGAACACAAAAAUCAGUUGCAAAACCUGGCCCAAGCUCAUGGAAACCACGUCACUGCUCUAAUAUCUCGUAACAAGGAAUUAGAGGAACAGCGAGCAGAGGUUGUGAAAAAAUUAAAAGACUUGUCUCAGAAAGGUAAAAUCUCUUCGCAAGUGGAGAAUAUGUUGGCAGAGCUCAAAGCACAAGAAUACAAGAACGAACUACUUUUGGAGUCUAUGAAGCAACAGCUGGAGAUUCUACAGCUGGAAACCAUACAAAACAAAGUUGCAAGCAGACACCAUACUUCACAGUCACAUUUAUCAAAGAAAAAGGAGAAGGUUCAGCAGCUGCAGACAUUUCUUCCUUUCUAUGGUGGAGGAAGCCUGUCAUCUGAAAUCAGUGCCUUGCGACUUUCCUACCUGCAGAAUGGCGGCAAUGAUCAAUUGAUCCUCAUCCAGCUGCACGACCUCUUGGCUGAAGCGAUGCAACUGGAACAGAGGGUGAAGCAACCAAAAACUCAACGGAAGGAGAGGAGCUACAGGGAACAUGAAACAUCCAAACGCAAUUUGGAUUCAGAGCUGAUCUCUCUGGAGGUAGAAAAUCAGCAACUCGAAGAGGAAAUUCUCAAACUGCAACUCAAGCAACAAAGGAAUCGCAGAAGCCAAAAAGCACUGAAGACUUCCAUUGGCCAAAGGCUAACGUUAUCACUAUAUGGAGAUGAAAGUGAUCAACUGAUCAGGAAAGAUAGUUACCAGAAAAUGAGGACUCUGAAGACAGAGAUUGAUCUCUUGAAACAAGAAGUGGAGAUCCAGCGCCUUCAGCGUCACAAGAGGAACUCAAAGACCAGGGACCUUCCCAAUGCUACUGAGCGAACUUCUUCAUUUCUGCCAAUGGAGGAUGCCAGACCUCAAACUCCAACUCUUUCUAAACAUUUUCUAGAUUCCAGUGAGGGCUUGGGACCUGCACCAUAUGAUCCAGUAGCUGGUUUUGUGGUUUUCUAUGAUUUUCUCCUGGGAUUGGAUGCUACGUACCGGGUUUGCCGUCUGGUGGUGGGCCUUUACCAUGGCGGGCAGGAAAUGGGUGAUCCCUCACCACUUCCAGCUGUCUACUGCGAUGUUGACAACUUACCAAACUAUUUUCCAGAAUCUGGUGGAGGCAACAGAGCAAUCCUGGCAGUCAAGCAAGUUGUGCCGAGGGUCCGUCCAUCUCCAGGAAUUAGUCUUAUUAUCGAGCUACAAGCUUCUGGGGGCUUUGAUCCUUAUGGGCAAGACAUCAACCGUCUCAUUUCACGAGGGUGGAUCAAGAUUGAUACUUUUGACUCCCAGAAUCGUGUGAUCAGUGGCCGAUGGAAGGUUCCAGUUCGAGUUCUACCAGUUAAACCAUCCAUGACUACCGGUGAAUUGAAUGGAGUACCUCAGUUGGAAAAUGUGGAAUUAUACCUUCGUUUAGUCAACGCAAGAGAUGCAAGUGUCCAGACAACUGCAGCCAUUGAUUGCAAUAAUGCUAGCUUGUAUAAAUAUCCACCACUGGCAUCAGUACGCACUACUGUUCCCAUUGAUGCUCCACUCUCGUCUUAUUGUUCAUCUUACCAUUACCCAACCAUGCAAAUGGUCCAUCCCUCUUUUGGUGAGACUGUGGACCCUCCACCUCCUUCUGCUGAUAUGAUGGUACUUCAGUGUUCUCCCUCAGCCAGAACUCAAUAACCAUGAUUCAAACUCACCAGCCCCAAGACAAAGCAAAAUUCAAAAUGCAAAACAGUAUUCCACUGUUGAAUGAUAUUAAACAGCAAAAAUUGUGAAAACUGAACAGAACUUCCACUGGUGAUGCUAGUAAGAAGUUCUGGGGCAAUGCUCAUGACUAGUCAGAGAUUUUGUAGAAGUGUGAUGUCAAAACUUUGAUAAGAAAUGGAAUGUUUGCAAGAAAUGUGCUACACACAGGGCUUUUAAAGUAAUUAAUGUGCAUGUGUUCAAUAUAACAUCUUAUAGACCAAUUAGAGUUGGAUCUUCUGUCCCCACCAAUGCAGUUCUGUAAUUAAGCCAAAAUACUCAUAUUAAAAGAAAAUAAGUGAAGCAAUGUAGAUAAUCUUGCAACAGGGUCUCACCCAAUGUGACCAAUUCAUUGAAACUGCAGAUAUGUGGAUUCUGCAUGAUAAAACCUGCCUCAUUAACUGCAAUCUGAACAGCUGACUAGGGCACAAAACUGGUAACCCAUGGUAACCCUAACUGCUGUGUGUUGAAUGGUCAUUUGCAACAGAUAUCACAGAGGUGACCCCAUUGAAAAGAAAAUUGUCACAUUCUGUAGGAGAGUCAUGGAGUCAUACAGCACAGAAACCAUCUUUCAGUCCAACUCCUCUGCGCCAACCAGACCUAACCCAUUUGCCAGCACUUGGCCCAUAUCACUAUAAACACUUCUCAUUCAUAUAUCAGAUGCCUUUUAAAUGUUGUAAUUGUACCAGUCACCACCACCAACUCUGGCAGCUUGUUCCAUACAUGCACUACUUUCUGGGUGAAAAGGUUACCCCUCAGUUACUUUUUACAUUCUUCCCCUCUCACCUUAAACCAAUGCCCUCAAGUUUUGAUGUAUGUUAAAAACAUCUUUAACAAAGUAAAAUGACAAACAAUAUUGCAUUUUGUUUCAUUCCAAUCAAAAUCAGGACAUAUGAAUUAUUAUAACCCUAUUAAUAAGAGAAAAUGAACUGCAACAGGGGACAAUAGAUGAAAAUUGGAUUAAAGCAAUACGUAGAGUCAUAGAGAUGAAUAGCACGGGAACAGAUCCUUUGGUCCAACUCAUCCAUGUCGACCAGAUAUCCUAAAUUAAUCUAAUCCCAUUUAUCAGCACUUGGCCCAUAUCCCUCUAAAUGCUUCCUAUUUAUGUACACAUCCAGAUGCCUUUUAAAUGUUGUAAUUGUACCAGCCUCCACUACUUCCUAUGGCGGCUCAUUCCAUACAUGCACCACGCUCUGUGUGAAAACGUGCACCUUUGGUUCCUUUUAAAUCUUUCCCCUCUCACCUUAAACCUAUGCUGUCUAGUUCUGGAAUCUUCACCCCAGGGAAAAGACCAUAUCUAUUUACCCUAUCUAUGCUCCUUAUGAUCUUAUAGACCACUACAAGUUUACCCAAUAGCCUGCAAUGCUCUAGGGAAAACAGCCCCAGCCUGUUCAGCGCUCUGUGUAGCUGAAACCCUCCAACUCUGGCAAAAUUGGUGCAAAUUUUUUCUGAACAUCUUAAAAGAUUUCCAAGAUUUACUUAAAUAGUUACUCUACUCGAUACCCACACAGAGAGGUGGUGAUGGUCGUCGAUGGAAGUACAUAGCUGCAGUAAUUUUUACAGUGGAUUCCUCUUAGGUUUGUGGUAUAUCUUGUUAGAAUGUUAAAAUGUCAGAAAUGCUGGACAGUGGGACAGUGGAUAGGAAUAAGACAUAAUGAAUGGUUUUGUUAAUUUAUGUAACAACAUUCAUAAUCCUAGAAAAUCCCAAAGCAAUACUUUUGAAGAGUAGUCACUCGGCAGUAGCUCAGUAAGAUCUCUCAAAAUAUCAUAAAAGGCAUAUCAUCUUUUGGUACUGGUUAAAGAUAAAAUGUUGAUGAAAACACUUGGCACAGUGCAUUUCCGCAUCUUUGAAUAUUGCGACAGGAUCCUUUGUAUUCAGCCAAAAAGGCCUUCAUUUGAUAUCUCAGGUAAAGGACAAGAAGCUGGAUUUUCUGUUUCUGACAUUGAUCAGACCCAUGUCAGAAGCCCCAAACUGACAGUGUCUGGGUCUGCAAAUUCCAACUUGACCUGGCCAUUCCCAACAGAUACCACCUUUUCUGGGGCACGAAAUGUGACCGGUCACCUGAGGCCAAAUCAAAACUGGCGCUGCCAUUUAAAUGGUGUAAAUGCAAUUUUCCAUGACUUGGUAUUUUCAUUGAAAUGAAUGGGUUUCUGAAGGCUGUGGAAACGUGCUCAGUCAAUUAAUUCAUGAGUCUUGGGGGAACCUGCAGUGGAAUCAGAGUUGAUACAAAAGUUGUAAAGUUGAGAGCAUGGU